AGAGCGAGUUCCCUGUGUGCACCCAUUCUUUCGUUUGCGCCUGCGUUUGGACGUCUGCAUCCCUUCCGGGUUGCUGCAUUCGCGUUUGCGUUGCUGUAAUCGGUUGUGUUGUUGUUACUGCUCAUUAGACUGAGUUCGUCUCCAUUUUCGCUUGUAAUAAUAUUGUUGUAUUCUAUUAUGUUGUUGCUGCACCUUCUGUUGUCACUGUUCCAAUUCCAUGUUUACUAUGCUGCUUACUGAUUUUUAAGGUUAAUUUCAUGGCAUUAAAAUCAGUUUUUUUGACUUGUUACCAGUCUUUUAUCAAUUGCUAAAUACAUGCCUUUGAUUUAUGUAUUUACUAACUUAGAGAAGCAUUGAAAUUGGUAGGUUUAGUAUACACCGGUUCAACUAGUAACUCCCUGGUUCCUCCUCCGCUUUGUGUCUUGCUACUUGUAUAUUCUGAAUCACCAAUUUAGAACUUAUAUUAUCGUUUGCCAUGCCAUGCCUUUACACGUAUGAAUUAAAUUGGGAAAAUCAUGUGGGUGAUAUAUUGAUGAUGAUAGUUAUGUAGUUUGAAGCAAAAAGCCAAUCUUUAAGUAUGAAUUGGGGACAAUGACACAAUAGUGUUGUCAGUUAUUAUAUAUUAUUCAUAGAAUAGAAUAAGCUACUUGUAGUAAUGAGUAGGGAAUUUUUAGUCGUACAAUUAAAUAUUGAGGACAAUGUGUUGCUCUUGGUAGGUAUAAUGAGCUUGUACUCUGAGUUGAAGCUUGUGCAUGUAGGAGUAACGGGGAAUGAGAGAUUAUACAAGGAAACAGAAGAAGGGGAAACAAAGUGUGAUUGUGAUGAAAGGUGCAGCAAUUGAUUUGGCUAUAGGACUAAGCAGGGCAGUGAUCUCGGCCUCAAAGAAGAACGGAAGGCGUUGUUCAUGGGGUCCUCAUGUGGAGGAGACGCUCCACAGGUUGGGUUGGCGUCAACACUUGACCCCAUCAUUGGUGGCCAAUGUCAUAGACCCUUUCCUCCUCACACAGCACUCCCUUGCUUUGGGCUUCUUCAAUUGGGCCUCUCAGCAACCUGGUUUCACACACUCCCCUUUCACCUUCCACUCCAUCCUAAAAUCUCUAUCUCGCACCCACCACUUCACUGUCAUUCAUUCCCUCCUCAAACAGGCCAAAGCUCUCAACUUUUCCAUUCACCAUUCCCUUUUAAGCUCCAUUAUAGCAUCCCACAUUGCUUGUAACCAUGCUUGUGAAGCCUUUUCCCUCUUCAACAGUGUUGGUCCUCAUUGCGCUCAAAUUGGGGGGCCCACGUGUAACUCGCUCUUGGCUGCCCUUGCUUCUGAUGGGUACUUGGAUAGUGCUGGCAAGGUGUUUGAUGAAAUGAAUGAGAGGGGUGUUCCUUUCAGUACGCUGGGUUUUGGGGUGUUUGUUUGGAGGGUUUGUAGAGAGGGUGAUUUGGAGAAAGUGUUGAGUUUGUUAGGUGAGGUUAGGGAAUGUGGUUCUGGGAUUAAUGGUUCUGUUGUGGCAGUUUUGGUUGUCCAUGGGUUGUGUCAUGCAUCUAAGGUAUCAGAGGCUUUGUUGAUGUUGGAUGAAUUAAGGAGUAGGGGCUGGAAACCUGAUUUCAUGGCUUACUGGGUUGUUGCAGCAGCAUUCCGGUCAAUGGGAAAUGUGGCUGAUGAGGUCAAGGUUUUGAAGAAGAAGAGGAAGUUAGGGGUGGCUCCCAGAAGCAGUGAUUACAGGGAUUUGAUACUUGGCUUGGUCUCAGAGAGACGGAUUUCUGAGGCAAAAGAACUUGGGGAGGUAAUAGUUGGUGGUAAGUUUCCUGUUGAAGAUGAUGUUCUUAAUGCGUUGAUAGGAUCGGUGUCAAGUGUUGAUCCUGGUGCAGCAAUUGUGUUUUUCAAUUUCUUGGUUGAGAAAGAGAGGUACCCAACUAUUUUGACUCUGAGCAAUUUGAGUAGGAACCUGUGUAGGUAUGGCAAGACUGAUGAAUUAUGGGAGGUGUUUCAAUUUUUGAAUUCUCAAAACUACUUCAAGGAUGUGGAGGGUUACAAUGUGAUGGUGUCGUACUUGUGCAAAGCUGGGAGAGUGAAAGAAGGCUAUGCUGUUCUCCAGGAGAUGAAGAAGAAAGGGUUCAGCCCUAAUGUCUCAUCAUAUAAUUAUGUAAUGGAAGCGUGUUGUAAGGAAGAUCUAUUGCGUCCUGCAAGGAAGCUUUGGGAUGAAAUGUUUUCAAGUGGCUGUUGUGGGAACUUGAAAACAUACAACAUUCUCAUACAAAAAUUUUCUGAAGUGGGACAAGCUGACGAGGCUCAAAUGCUCUUUUACCGCAUGCUAGACAAGGGGGUGAUACCUGAUGUUACAAGUUACACUUUUCUCCUUGAAGGGCUCUGCCAAGAAGACAGGCUUGAAGUAGCUUUUGAGCUCUUUAACAAGUCUGUCAAACAGGACAUUGUCCUUGCAAGAGACAUAUUGAGCUCGUUCAUAUCAUCACUCUGUAGGAAAGGUCACUUUACGGCUGCAUCCAAAUUACUUUGCAAUCUCAAUCAUAUAGCACAUGCAGAAUCCCAUGUAAUUUUGUUGAAAUGUUUGGCAGAUGCGCAAGAGCUUCCAAUUGCCAUUGAACACUUGAAGUGGGUUCAGGAAAAGUCACCUUCUAUACUACAAGAUACAUGUACUGGACUUUUGGCUUCACUUUCUUCUGCUAAAUGCCCAGAGCCAAUAUUACAGUUUCUUCAAAGAAUACAAUGUGUUUGAUUUCCCAUACUUCGAAGGAUAUGUGCCACCAAUUAUUACAAUCUGAGAAAGCUAUUGGAUUUGGCUGCCAUUGGAUCAGUUUACGUGCAACUUAGUUGACUAAACCUGUAGUGUAAGUGCAUUUUAAAAAGAUUGUUUUAAGAGAAUGUCAACUUAAUAAAUUUAAAUAUUACUAGAGAUUACAACUGCUACAACCAGUCAAAUAUGACACCUAACAUAUCAGCAGUAUUAGGAAUAUAAAGAAAAGCAGGAACAUAUUGAAAAAUCUCCAAUCACUCAGCAAUGGCUAUGGAGCAUGAUCCAGGGGAACAUCGUCAGUGCUCCUAAUGAGUUAGGCUCCAUCCAUGGACCACCAACUUAUACCAGCAGUUUAUUUUUUUAUCCAAUGGAGCAGUCGAAAUUUAUGAUGGAUGUGCGGGGAAACCAAGUGACUUUCAUAGGCAAACAAAUAUCCCAUGCCUCUAGAGCACUCAAACUCGUGUCAUCUUCACCACAGCGAUCCACCUGGAAACUUGGUGAAUCAACUCACUGCCUUUCGCCCAUUGACCCUGGAAACAAGGUAUUUCUAUUUAACGGAUUUCAUCUCCAUCCUCAAAAAGUUUCUUUCAUCUUUUUUUAGUGACUGUUGCUUUUAAUUUUUGUGGGUGUUCCUUUGUCUUCAUUGAUCUGUUUCUAUUUUUAGAAUUUGAUAUCUGUUGAGAAUUGGUUCUAUGUUCACAUGAUUAUUUUCUCUUGGGAUUCUAAAAUCCCUUGUUCAUUCAACUUUUUAGAGUUUUCCACACAUCAGAAAGAAGGUGGUAGGGGCUGAAUCUGAUCAUUAGAGAGAUAUCCUGAUAGAAUAUCUGUAAGAUUGUACUCAGUAUAGAUACACUGUAUCCAUGUUUUUUCUUUCUUAAAGCACUCAUAUACUAUGCAUAAAAUGCUGGUGCUAGUGGUGAUUAAGAUUAGCUCUUCUUUGUUUUGGCGUAGGAAAAUAAAUUUUUGCACUUUCUAAUGUAAAACACAUUCCAAUGUAAAUCUAUGUCUGAGAUUAAUUUAGACACAUUUCAAUCGGGGUCAAUGGUUUCAAAUUAAUUCUAUCACUGACAAUUUUACCAACUUUAAAAUAAACAAACCCUUAAUUUGUGCUAUUAUUGAAUCUAUGAAGCAUGGUUGUAAACUUUUUGUAGCCACAUCAUAACUUCAUUUGUUCAAGUGUGGAAACAGAAUAUCAAGCCAUAACCUUAACUAUAUGUGAACUUAUCUAAUUGAAACAAUUGCUCAAAGUAUUGAGAUUUAACAAGAUUAUAAAAAUGAUACUCAUAUGUGAUAAUCAGACAACCUUUCAUAUUGUCUCAAAUUCAGUGGUCUAUUAAAAAACAAAGUAUAUUGAGAUAGAUUGUCAUAAGAGAAAAUCUAUCUGGAGAUAUCACUACUAGCUUUGUCAAUUCAAAUGAUUAGUUGAUAGAUAUUUUUACCAAAUCAUUGAAAGGUCCUUGUAUUAGUUAUAUGUAUGAUAAGCUUGGUGCAUAUAACCUCAAUGCUUCAGCCGAGGGAGACAGGAAAGUAUAUAUAAUUAUAGUAAUGGAAAAGUAUAUCUUCCUAAUUAUGUUAAUUAGGUAAUUUAAUAUUCUAUAAAUGUUCUAGAAUUAUUACUGUUAUCAAUAUAAAUAUAAAUAUAUAUUUUGUUGUAUAGUUAUAAAGUAAACACACGGAUUCAUCUACAUGUUCUCUCACUUUUUUCUCUUUCAACAAAUCCAAACAUACUCAAUGUUCUAUUCUUUUUAUCAGUCCAUGCACCGAACAUACAGUCAAAGUUCACCCGUUCUUCCUCCCAAGACUUCCAUCAUUUCUUUUGUUAACUCAACUUUCUUUUAAGUAAUGGAAUUCUUAUCUCAAAUAGUUUUUUGGUGUCUUUAGGUGUGGACCAUAGUUUCCAAUUGCCUCAAUCAUCAACUUGAAGCUUUAGACCGCAUAACAUUGGAAGAGAUUGAAUUUCCAUAAAAACACAUAACAAUGUAUUGAAUUGUUGUAGUUCUUGCUUCAUCACAAGCAUUAUUAAUGCUUGUUUUCCUUUUAGCCCUUCCCAAUUUAAUCGAUGACUCUGGAUUCUUAAGGAUAAACAAAUCCAAAAGACCUUUGAUAUUUUUUCCCUUUAUGGCAGCAGAAGGAAAAGCAGCAGCUACAGCACCAUCACUAUCUUGAACUGUAGGUCGUUUUGUAGCUCUAAUGAGCUGUUUUUCUUCAAUCUCUUCUUCAUCUUUCUUCAACUCAGCAUCAAUUUUGGCCUUUUUUUUGCUGGAAUGCUUCAAUGAGUUGCUUCUUAAUUUCCAAUGAAUUUUCUUACAAGGACCUACAUCUCGCCUUAUUCCCAUUUGGUGCUUUUUGCUCUAGUAACACCUCUAGUAGUUGUUUUUUUCACAAAAAUCACAAGUUACCCUCUUUUUUACAUUAAUAUCUUUCAAACUAUUCCAUUGCCUUUCAAUAUCAAGAUUUUCGCCAACGAGCUUUACCAAGGCACAAGUGGAGGUAGACGAACCAUCACCUUUUGAGGUUGCUAGGAUAAUACCAUGGCUGGAGAAUGAUGGAAAAGAGAAGAUGACAAAGGUAAGAAGAUGUAGAGAGAGUAAGAAACAGAGCACUGUUGAAGAAGAAAAAUUGGAAAUAGACACCCCCAGAGUGGGAAACAAAGCACUGCUGAAGAAGAAAAACAGAAAAUAGACGCCGGAAAAGAGUCUCCUCCACUCAUAGUUGCUGGAAAAUGGCCAGAAAGAAUGUCGUCUUCAACAAAAAUGGUGAAGAAGAAGAAGCAGUCUUCGGAGAAGAAAAAACAGAGCAGGAGAAACUUGCUCGAGAAGGGGUAGGUAGGUACCGUGUAGAAGCUUGCGCAAGAAUGGAAAAAUUCAAAGUUGAAGUGUGAUUCAAAAGUCUAUUUUGCCCUUAAAAAAGGCCCAAGACGACACUGUAGUAGGGACAGAAUCGGACUUUCAUUCCCUUCUCCAUCACACUGUGAUAUCCCGCAGCAAAACGGCAAUUUCGUCUGCGAUUCCAAAAAUGCUCUGCUACGACCACUCUAUCAUGUUUGACUGCCACCCCACGGCAGCAUGAUAGUGCCUCUAUCGCAUGCGAUUGACAACAACGUUAUGUAGAUACUGCCCAAGAAGCUAUAAGAAACAUAAACGAGUUUUUGAUACAUUAUUUCUCACUUAACCUUACUAUAAACAAAUUAUAUUCUUUUAUACGUUAUUUCUCACUUAAGCUUAGUAGAGACUAAUUUUGUUUCCAUGAAUUAUGAGAAAUUUGGACACUAUCCAACUUUCAAAAGAAAUGUC